UUCGUAUUUUAACAAUCACACAAAAAAACGCAAGACUUGUUGUUGUUGGAAGUGUGUGCACGUAUGCCUUUGCCGAAACCACAUCACCGUUCUUACAACCUCACGUAGCAUGCAUAGUUCAUAAUGGCAUGAUUUCUCGGAAAUCACCCCACUUAAGUUUGAGCGUGCCUGCAUUUCGGUCACACUGCGCGUGCGCCGAACACUGCCAAGCUCUUGCGUUGGGAAAGCCCCCCAACGCUUAUAAAUAUAAAGGCGCACACUUCGCAGACACUAACACAGUUAAUAACAGUUACGGAGAGCAGCUUGUUCUAAACCAAGUGGAAUAACUUUCCUACAUAUCGUCUUUCUUUUAUUUCAUUAAUAAUUCCGGAUACUCCGAACCAUGCCUGUGUCCAGAAUGCGCAUGCGGCCCUGGUUAGAGGAUAUGAUUGACUCGAACUCAGUUGCUGGACUUGUCUGGGUAGAUAAGGAGAAAAAGAUGUUCUCCAUUCCUUGGAAGCAUGCUGCACGCCAUGGAUGGGAAAUGGACAAAGAUGCCUGUCUAUUCAAACAGUGGGCAAUCCACACAGGCAAAUUCAAGCCAGGAAUCACUGAACCUGACCCCAAAACAUGGAAAGCAAACUUCCGUUGUGCAAUGAACUCUCUGCCAGAUAUUGAGGAAGUGAAGGACAAAAGCAUCAACAAAGGCUGUGAAGCUGUUCGUGUCUACCGCAUGCUUCAGGUUGUCAAGAACAAGAAGUCCUCUAAAAGCCAGGACAGCAGAAGGAGAAAAAAGGGAAGGAAGAUGGAUGCAGACAUGGCAUCAAAUGAAGAGCACCUUUACACCCACAAGCAGCAAGACAUGAUCACUCAGGAGAACACCAUAGACAGCACUGAAAGCAUGAAAAGCCCCACAUAUGAUGUGCCUGAUUGCUCAGGUUAUGAAGUGGAAAUCGGCCCUGACAGCACAAACGAUAUUUACCCUGGCGGGUUCCAGGUUUCACCAGUUCAUACGACAGACUACGAGGAAAAGGCUAUUGUUGAGAUCACACGGCAAUUGGAGCUUGAUAGUUCACGGUGGCUACAAAACAAUAGCAGCGGAAGGGGGUUCCUGUGCAAUGAAGUAGCCAUGACAGAAUCUCACCAUUGUCCAGAUAGCCAAUGGAGUGAUACCUCAGGAGAGGAGCUUGAGCUACGUUUUUACACAGAACUGAUACCAGGACUGCCCAGUGAAGAUCUUUUAAGCUACACAGAUAUGUGGAACAGCAGCCCUCACACAUCUGGCCUUCCACAAAUCAGCUGUCUACUCUAAGACUUGUGUCUUCGAUGCUCAGUCUGUACAUUAUCGUAUUACCUCACAUUCUAGGUCUUCCCUUUCUGACCAUGAAAUUAGAUCAUCAAAAGCCAAUUUUGUAAGAGACACUUAAGCUUGGUUGGUAUAAAGUGUGUUUUAUGAUAGAGGAUUAUGCUAGAGAUUUUAUGGUCAUCAACAGAGAACACUGUAGACAAAUUUUGUUUUCUCAGUUUUUUGAUGUGUUCUCAAUUGUAAAGGAUAAUGGCUUGUAUAUAAAUAUAUUCAUGUGAUUUACUGUGGCAUUUGGCAGGUUCCGUUAUCUACACAUCAGGGUUUUAAUGCAUUUUCCUCUUAAAACUUUACAGGAUAUCUAGAAUGAAUUUUUAAGUUCUUGUGUGCCUUUGGUGAAAACUCUUCACAACGUGUGUGUGUGUAUAUAGUGUAUAAAUGAAUUUUAUAAUAAAAAAAGUAAAAAUUGUAA